GUUAUGUUGCGCAUGCGUCAUCAUCCCUAUCUUUUCAUGGCAGCCGUGCGAUCUCCAGAUCUCUUAAGAAAGGCACGGCUGCCUUCGCUGGAGUCAGGCAUUUUGGACAUUUAAAGACAUACACACACACAUAUCACAUAUAUAUACAUACAUAUAUAUAUAUAGCCAUACUGGUUCACUGUAGCAAAAUCUCCUCUUUCCUCCAACCGAUCACCAAACCAGUCUUCCUCUUUCUCUCCUUCCACGUAAACAAAUCCAGUCGGAUGGAUGGAUGCUUGGAUUGUGUAAAAAAAAUGCUCCAAGCAUCUCCGACGGCUGCUCCUCCACUCCUCAGCUGUAUUUAUCUCGGCAUUCAACCUUCCUCAUUCUUCCCCAACCACCAAUAUUCUUUCAUUUCCACACUAAUAUACUAAUAUCUUAAGCUCUGCCAACUAACCCCCAUAAUAUUUUCUCUCUUUCCCCCAUCCACCACACAAACUCCAAACCUAUCAAACAUUAAAACCACCUCACCUAUUCUUCUUCCCCGAUCGAUUUCCAAACACUCCAAAACACAAACAAACAUUUCAAAUUAUAUUUAUUCAAAACCACUGUUGCUAGAUAUUUCUUUUAAACAGGAAUGACUGGUCGACCUAUUGCAUGUCAGGACUAUAAUCUUCUCCACUACAAACUAUCCUACGGCUUGUGGCAGAACUGCAAACUGUUCAAACGUUUCGAUAGCUUACUACUUUAGAAAGGCUACCUUUCUCUCAGGACUAUAAGUCAAAAAAUUGAAUGUAUCUACAGUCCAGUGCCCGGCCUGGUGUGAGUAGCUGCAGAUGUAGUUGGUAUGGCCGAGGAUAUUGUCAACUUGAAUGUUGGUGGCACACAUUACUCCACAACGCGCUCGACGCUUUGUCGAUAUGCCGAUUCCAUGCUUGGGACAAUGUUCAGCGGGUCAUACCCAACAACAAUUGACAAAAGUGGAUUUUAUUUCAUUGAUAGGGAUGGAUUCAUGUUCCGUUAUAUCUUGAAUUUUCUUCGGUCUAAGAAGCUUUCCCUUCCAAUGGACUUCAAGGAGUACGACUUGCUGCUGACUGAGGCAGAUUUCUAUCAAAUCAAACCUUUAAUUCAAGACUUGUGUAAAUUACGAGAUGACCUUGCUGACAAAAGUGGUGGCGUCUUUCUUGAAAUAAUUGAAGUACGAACUGGAUCUACAGCAACUAUGCCCACAAAUAAUUCUCGGGUCAAAACUAUUCUGUCUGGGCGUAAAGAUAUGAUUGUCUCCCUGCCGUCACAUCUCAUUGGCAUGGAAGCCUUGGAGAAACUACAGACUAAAAAUGGAUUGGAAUUUGCUGAGAUUGAGCUUAACGGGAGCAAUAUUCGCCUGCGUCUUGGAGAAUAUCUGAAAAAUUGUGGCUGGGAAAUGGUGGACUCUCAACUAUCUUCUUCGUCAGGCUAUGAUGCUAAAGCCUUAAUGAGUAGUCUAAUUAUAGAGCAGAGCUAUCGGGAUCGGUGGUGUCUGUUCUCUCGACGAAAAUCUCAGGCAUUUUCACAUACUUCAUUGAACUGAAAGAGCUAAAAGAAAGAGUCCUUGAAAUUUCUCCACUUUUAUUUUACCCCUACUUACUUUAUAUAUAUAUAUAUAUAUAUUAUAUAAAGUAUUUAUAUAAUAUAUAUACUCAAACUUGCAAACACACAUGUAGAUACACAUAUGUAUUCACACACACACACACAUACACACUUCUCUAUAAAAUCACAUUUUGAAUCUAAAAUUAUUUUAUUUAUUACAGCAUGAUGUGUUAGAUGUGAGAGAACAGACCUACCACCAACCAGUGCAUGACCAACAGUUGUUCAUCUUAUCAGCCAUUCAAACGUUUCUUCUUCCUCAUCUUUCAGCAUCCAACCUGAUGAUUAUAUGCAUUUCAGUUUGCGGGUUACACUAACUUUCUGUUGGGUUAGGGCUAAAAUCGAUUUUGGACAAUAUUUAUUGCAACCUGCGAUGAUCUGCUUUGUGAGGUCUCCAUCACAAUCAAGACCACCUGUAGGAACAGGUGUGUCAUCAGUUUUACUGAAUUGACUUUUGCCUAUGCAAACCAAACCAUCACUAGCUUCCUUGAAGUCUGAAGAUUGUUUUAUUAUCAAUCGAUACUACUAGAAGUAGUGAUUGUCUAAUUGGAUAAUAAACAUGUUAGCUCUUGUUACAUGGAGCAUGAAUAUGUAUUUCAAA